AUGGCUGGGAGAAGGUCCUGGGUGAGCGAUCGCCGCGGCGGCGGCAUGGAGGAGGAGGGGGAGGAGGAGGUAGAGGAGAGCGCCAUGCUCGAACCGCUAGGGCAGUCAAGGUAUGUGAGCAUGCUGAUGGACGCACUGCUGGUGGUGUGGGAGGGGGUGGUAGAGGGGAACGGGAAGGCGCCUACGAGCUGGAGCGAAGAGGAGGAGUCUUGUCCUUUGUGGUGGAUCUGCUCUCUUUCGUUCUCCUGCCCAGCUUCCCCAUCCUCCCUUGCCCGAUGCUGGAACCUGUACAUAGCCGUGGGGAGCUUCAGCUUCUUCAUCAUGUUGUACAUUAUCGUCGCCUCGGUCGCGUCGUCGGGCUGGGAGGCGGCAAACAGCAUGUGUCAGGUGUCAAGACGCUUCUUUCAGCGACUGGGGGGGGAUAUGACGCCCGAGAACCGCAUGGAGGACUGGGUCCCGUUCAUAUCUGCAGUGAGCAAGAUAUACCUACAGUUGGGGAGGAGCAAGCUUCCAGAUGUGAACCUGCUGGAUGUCGCCAAGAAGUGCGCAGCAUCGGGGUGGAAGGAUGACUGCGGCAAGGAGAUCGAGCGGGAGAGAGAGCUCUUGCGAACUGAGUUUGACAAACAUGCCGCUCGUUGGCGUCCCGUCGGUCAGGAGCUGAGACUCCCUGCCGGGUUUUCAUUGGAAUACAAGAAGGAGCAGGAGCAGGAGCAGGAGCAGGAGGAGGUAGUGGUGGUGGUGGAUCAGUAG